AAAGCGGGAACGUGCGCUUGUGAGUCUCUUGUCCUCUUCUCUCUCUCUCUCUCUCUCUCUCUCUCGCUCUCCCGUCUCCGGCCACUCCGCUGCUGCCGGCGCCGGAGCUCGGCCAUCGUGGCAACCUUAGCUUGAUAUCCCAAGCGUAGCCAUGCUGUCCUUUGUCUUUGUCCACUCCCAAGCUUGAUAGUCUGUGCUCGCUUGCGUUUCCUCUAGUUUUUUUUUCACUCCGAUGUUCGAUCGUCUACUUCUUCUCCUGCUCCGGCUCACGGCGUCGGAUUUCGAGCUCUGCGAGUGAAGGAACCUGGAGGUUUAUGCUUUGGUGGAUGUUGGAUGAUUAUCUCUAUGGAUUUAAAUGCGUCACCUUUGCCAGAAGAAGAUGAGCAACCUCUUGAAGAACAUGCUGUGGAUGGUGUUAUUGAGGAAGGGCACUAUGAAUCAUCUGUGGAACUCCUUCGCAGAGAACGUGAAGAAAGACGUCGCCGUCUGAAAAGAGAGAACCCAGAUGAUGGACAAAAAAGGGCUUCACAACAAUUCAAGAAUGAUUAUAUUCCUCAAAGAAGCACUAGCUCCUAUAGACGAGUCAAGCAACUACCUCAGGGUUGGUUGGAUUGCCCAUCAGCUGGCCAAUGCAUAAGUCUUAUUGUUCCUUCUAAAGUUCCUUUAGAUGAGAGUUUUAAUGACUGUAUACCUCCUGGCAGAAGAUAUUCUUCAAAGCAAGUGGUUAAUAGCCAAAGAAGAGCAGGGCGUGAUCUUGGUUUGGUUGUUGAUCUCACAAAUACUUCCCGUUACUAUUCACCAUCAGAAUGGACAAAACAAGGUAUUAAGCAUGUUAAGAUCCCAUGCAAGGGGCGGGAUGCUGUUCCAGAUAAUGAGUCUGUUAAUAUAUUUGUUUAUGAGGUCAUGCAGUUCCUUUCUCGCCAAAAACAUUCAAAGAAGUAUGUUCUUGUCCACUGUACGCACGGGCACAAUCGUACUGGGUUUAUGAUUGUCCAUUUCCUCAUGCGUACGCAGCUGACACAUGUAUCUGAUGCAUUACAUGCAUUUUCUCAAGCACGGCCUCCAGGAAUAUACAAGCAGGAUUAUAUUGAAGCAUUAUAUACUUUCUAUCAUGAAAACCCUGAGAAUUUGGUUUGUCCUCCAACGCCGGAGUGGAAAAGGUCUUCUGACCUUGAUCUGAAUGGUGAAGCUGCGCAAGAUGAUGACGGUGAUGAUGAUGGUGAUACUGCAGGCCAUUUGCAUGUUGAGACAGAAUCCAAAGUUAUAACAAAUGAUGAUGUUCUGGGAGAUGCAAUACCUUAUGACCAACAAGAUGCCAUGCGACAUUAUUGUUACCAGUUACUUGAUUUACCCCUACCGGGGAGAGGUAAUGCUCAAUUUCCGGGAUCGCAUCCAGUCUCACUCAACAGGGACAAUCUCCAACUGUUACGCCAACGUUAUUAUUACGCUACCUGGAAAGCUGAUGGGACCAGAUAUAUGAUGCUAAUAACUACACAUGGUUGCUACCUAAUUGACCGAAAUUUUUGCUUUAGACGGGUCCAGAUGCGAUUUCCAUUGAAGAGUACAACGACAAGUGAGGGGUUUCAUAAUUUGACUUUGAUUGACGGGGAGAUGAUUAUAGAUACAAUACCUGGUUUAGGUUUAAAGAGAAGAUAUCUGGCAUAUGAUCUGGUGGCUCUUAAUUCCUACUCUGUUGUAAAGUUACCUUUUUCUGAGCGUUGGAAAUUGCUUGAAGAGGAAAUAGUUCGGCCUCGAAAUCUGGAGAAGAAACAGUUUGAAUGUGACAGCAGAUUCAAUCCUGUAUACAGAUAUGACAUGGAGCCAUUUGGAGUCAGAAGGAAGGACUUUUGGUUGCUGUCAACUGUUACUAAGCUUCUGAGGGAGUUCAUUCCACGGCUUUCACAUGCAGCUGAUGGCCUCAUUUUUCAGGGCUGGGAUGAUCCAUAUGUUCCUCGCACCCAUGAAGGACUUCUGAAAUGGAAAUAUCCAGAAUUGAACUCAGUAGACUUUCUAUUUGAGGUUGGAAGUGACGGUCGGGAGCUACUAUUUCUGAAUGAAAGAGGCAGAAAGAAGCUUAUGGAAGGAGCAAGGGUUGUAUUUAAAGAGGAAGAUGAGAGUGCAUCUUUGUCGGGAAAGAUCAUCGAGUGUUCAUGGGAUUCAGAGGAUGGGAGCUGGACAUGCAUGCGUAUCCGGACUGAUAAAUCAACACCAAAUGACAUCAACACUUACCGAAAGGUGAUGAGGAGUAUCACUGACAACAUCACUGAAGAGGUUUUGCUAAACGAGAUAGGUGAGAUCAUUGGCCUUCCCAUGUAUGCUGAUAGGAUAGCGAAAGCACAACAUCUGCAGCAGCGCCGGAGGUAGCUCUGUGUUUGUGCAAUGAUCCAAACAACAGUGGUCGAGCAAAGUUAGUUCCUGGCGUAGAUGUUAGUUCAUGUGUAAUUACUAGGGUUAAAGAGUUCCUAUGAGGGUUGUUUAUUUCUGACUGAUCAAGUCCUUUUCGAGCCACCACCACCACCACCACCACCACCUGUGUAUAUUUAUUCUUUCCUUUGUAAAUCACCAGUUCUCUUUAUAUUUCUCAUGCUCAGCAUAGUUUGGCUCAUCAGGCAAAACAAUAAAGACCAUUCAUAGGACGUUUUAUGAAGAACUAGUAAGCAGUGCUGCUCUGCUGAUCUUUAACUUCACUGUCUAGCCAGACAGAAUGAAAUGUGAAAUUUGAUCAGAAGGCAUGAGAUAUUUUUUGUUUCA